AUGCCAUCAACUAGGGCGCUAUUGGCCACUAACCACUCGCUUGCCGGCCGCUCGGGCUCCGCGUUUCAAGUUCGUUAUCCUAACCGUCUCCUCUGCUCCACCGGGAGCCUGGCCCCUUCUUCUAUCUUAUCUACUGCCUUGCUCCUCGGCUCCCUACAGCUCCAGCCGCUGGCUGUAAUAGCUUGCUCUUCUCGGGUGGCUCGCACCGGGGGUGGUGCGGCUGAGCCAGAGUGGGCUCAGCAGUCGGCCUAUGUUUCCGGGCGCACGCGUUAUACAGAAGGGUGGGUUGGUUAUCUACUCUUAUGCGCCUUCCUUCUUCGAACCUUUUGGUAUGUAUUGCCCCCUAACUAUAGAUCAGAUCCACCGGACGAUAAACUCAAUUCCGCACUGCUGCUGAGUCGUCGGACUUAUCCACCAAGGGAUUCGUGGAAUUUCUCGCCCCCUUUUGGGUAUGCAGGUACUAUUAGUCCUCUCACUACCAACCAGCAGACAUCAUCUGGCUGGGUCUUGCCGGGGGGAUCGGAGCAAGAGGGAAGUCCUAGACGACGUUUUUCUUCCUGGGCUGCAGUAAGUAGAUCGAGAGGUCGUUCCGCCCCUUGUCCCCGAAGAUGGGUAAUCUGUUCUCAAAAAAUGUUGCUCCAAUCUGACCUAGCUGGCGAGCGAUCCCAGUUCGCGGCAGAGAACAAGACAGCAAGCGAGCGUACCUUUGUUCGCUUCUUCUCCACCAAGCACGGAAGUUUAAGGAUAACUGUAGGUCGGUGGCUACCUAAGGAAACUCCGAUUCGAUCUUCCCCCCGGCUGGGAGGCAUCUACCUGAUCCCGAUCACAAGGAGAGGUUCACCAUGAUGGGGGGUACUUUUUUUUCCCUUCCGGAAAGAAUGAAAUGCAUAGGGGACCAUCCUUUUGUUGCGGCAUGCUCUUCAGAUUUACGGAUUCGCAGGGGGCCUCAGGCCCUACUUAGUUGACUGACAAUGACAAAGGCUUGCGAAAGUAGGGCCUUUUCUUUUCCUUUUUGAAUAACCCAUUCUCAUUAUCUUUCAUAAGUCAAGUAGGCGAACCUAUAGGUCCUUAGUAGCGUUGACAAAGAAGAA